AGCAAACGCCAUGUUCGAUACCGCAAGGCGUAGCGCUGACAGGGGUUACACUAAGAGUGGAUCGAUAAUCUUACUUCUUUCAGCCCUGUACAUCCCUCACACGCGACUCAAAAGAUCUAGACCACCCUCACCCAACCCGUUACUCAUUUUCACCCCAACUUCAUCCCACCACCGUCAUUCCUUUUUCCCCCUCACUCAACGCCGUGACGCGUCACAACCCGCUCAUUCUCCUUAGCACUUUCAACUUCCACACACCACCACCCAAAAUGCACCCCCCAACCCUCCCCCUCCUGCUCCUCACAGCACUCACCACCACCACCACCACAGUAACAGCCCAAUCCCAAUCCCCCUCCCCCAAAACCCUCGAAAUCGUCACCGACCCCUCCUCGGGAUACACCUACCACGGCUGCUACAACGAGACGACGGGUCUGCCGGACACGGCGGGCGCGCGCGCCCUCGGCGGCGGCACCAACCUGGUGCGCGCGGGCGACAUGACGGUCGAGAUGUGCUGGGAGUUUUGCCGGUCGGGCGCAGGCGACGCGAGUGGUGGGGAGGGGGCAAGGUUUUUGUUUGCUGGUGUGGAGUAUGCGAGAGAAUGCUGGUGCGCUCAGAGUAUCUCAAGCCUGUCGGAAAAGCUCCCAGACAGCGCCUGCAACCUGCCUUGCGAGGGAAACACGACACAAGCCUGUGGCGGGAACCUCAAGCUGACGGUUUACAUAGCUGCCGCCGCCACUGCGCGCGUGACCUGGGCUGCGAGCCUAGUCGCCGCCGGCGCGGUAUCUCUGCUGCUAAUAUAACCAGCAGGUAGGGUGCGUGACACAAGUGUUUUUGAUACUGUUCGAUACUUGGCGAGGUUUUCUGGCGUAGAUACCC